AACUAAACUGCGCACACUCCAUGGAUCACACUCCCGGGACAAGUACAUUUUGAGUAUGCUCAUGGAUCAGGAAAGAUUUGUUGGGAAUUCGUUAACAUUUUAGAUGACGAUGAGACUGAUAAAUCACGCCUUAAGGACUUCUGCUUUUUCCAUUUAAUGAAAAGCAACGGAUAUGAUGCGCGAGGUGGUUCCGCAUUCGUAUCUAAUUGGAAGCACUACACUUGAGAUUACAUGUCUAUGACAGCAAAUUGUCACUUGUAGCUCUAAGAAUAAUGAAUACACACUUUCCCGACAGUCUCUGUUAAAGCCAUGGAUGAACGUCGCAAGAAGAAGCUGACUUACUUCACGAUUGGACUUCUCUUCCUUCUCAGCGGUGUGGAAUAUGCUGUAAUAUUACCAACAAUAUGGAGAUACUUGCAGACUUUGGAUGCUGCUCCAUAUUUCCUGGGUUUGUCUCUCUCAGCCUUCAGCUUCACCGGGCUCCUUUCAGGACCACUCUUCGGGCAAUGGUCCGACCGAACACGAACCACCAAAAAGAUCAUAUUGUUUGCCAAUCUUUUUGAGAUUGUAGGUAAUUUUAUGUACUUUAUGGGCCUUUCUAAGUGGCUCCUUCUGUCAAGUAGACUUGUAGCAGGCAUUGGCACUGGUGCUGGCUCCUCUAUCUUUGGAUUUUUAACAAGAAGCACUCUUCCUGAGGACCGGGCUUCGGUUUUUGCUGCUGUCAUGGCAUGUCGACAAGCUGGCCUUCUAAUUGGUCCAGCAUUUAAUAUUUUCCUAAGGUUGUGUGAUUUCCAUUUGGGACCUUUUGUCGUCAACAAGUACACAGCUCCUGGGCUCUUUAUGUGCACCCUUUGGAUCCUACUUCAACUGGUUAUUGUAUUCAUGUACUGGGACCUGCCACCACUGGACAGAAUUAAUGCCAAAGACAGGCAAACAAACAGGAGCAGUGAGAAUGAGCAAGGAGCUGAAGAUGAUGAAGACAACAGUGAUGAGGCCCAACCACUAAUGCACUCCCAGGAGGUCCAUGGCUCAUAUGGCUCAGUGGUGACGCCUGACCAGUCUAACAACCACAUCUGUGCUGACACAAAUCAAAUCUGCCCAUCCUCAUCUCCAGCAACAGAGUCUCAGGAGACGAUCAACCCCUUUAAAAAUUUUAACUUAUCCAGGGAGUUCCUGAGAGAAGAGGUGGUUGUCUUGCUGGCAGCUCAGUUCAUUACCCUGUUUAAUCAAACUGCGUUAGAGACCAUGGUGACCCCGCUGACUCAGAAGUUCUUUGGCUAUGGCGAGCUGGAGAACAGUAUCAUGUACUGCCUAUGUGGGGUGGAGGUGAUCGCGGGCUUCUUUUUUGUGCACUGGUUGAGCGGUCGUGUAGCUGAGAGGGUGGUCCUGGCUGUUGGCCUGGCGAUCUGCAACAUCUCCAAUGUGUGGUGCCUCAUCUUUAUGGCCUCCCCAAUAGGAGACUUUCCUUGGAAGCUGACUGAGUUCAUCAUUGGGGUGUUUCUUCAGGUUUUGGGUUUGCCGUUUGUGGCUGUGGCUCAAGUUUCACUGUACUCCAAAGUCACAGCAGAGAAAACACAAGGAUUCAGUCAAGGAGUGCGUCGUUCAGUUGGGGGUCUUGCCACCAUCCUGGGGCCUCUCUGGGCUGGAGGUCUGACGGACAAUAUGUACAUCAUGUUGGGAGUCAUGAUGGGUCUUCUCGUUCUUUUAUCAGUCAUGCUGGUUUUCUCCUAUAAGCGUCUGGUUGAACCUGCUGCUGAGGACCAGAGGUCCACAUCGGAAGACUGCUGAGCAUGUUCACUGAGAGAGUGAAGGCAGUGAAGGGAAGUGCACCUCAUCUUACUGCCUCACACAUUUAUAAAACACCUACAUGUAUGUUUCCCAUGGAAAUGUGGACUCGUGUGGCAUGUCAUUUCACAUGUUUUGAUGUUUAAAUUUUUAUACUGACUCUCAGAAAGUGUCACACUAAUACAAGCCAUUUUGGUAAAUGGUAAAUGAUAAAUGGUCACAUUUUUAUUAGAGCCUUUCCACCUUAAAGGCACUCAAAGCGCUCAACGGUAUUAAAUCUGUUGAUAUCUUAAAUGCUGCAUUGCGCAACACACUUUUUAUUUAUUUAAAAUAUGUAUUAAUAUCUAACAUUAUAAUAAUAUUUUUGACAGAAAAUGGUCUUUGUGCACAGCAGCAUGCUAGCUAGCUCACUGUGUCUCAAAGCUAACACUCACUUUUAAAUGGUACAGCAUAAAAUAAACAAUCUAUUAUUUUUUUUAUUUAAAUAAAGACAACCCAAUUAUUAUUAUGUGUAGAAUAAUUUUUGUGGUGUUAUUGUAAUAUUUAGUGUGCCUCAAAAUUAACAUUAGCUUUACCUUUGAGGCACAAAUAUCUCUUUCUUAAGGCAGAAGCAUCCUCCACUGAAGUAUUCAUUUUAUUUAUGUGUCAGGGAACCAACCACUACUCUCCGUUUCUGCUUUAUCUUUAAAUAUUUAUUCAAUGUAGUGCAACUCUGCGAAAACCUCAAAAACUGUACAGGAUGUAGUGACACUAACAGUAAGGUUGUUGGGCACAGAUAAAUGUAUAGGCAGGAAUGGUCAAAUAUUCAAAGUGUACAUUUCAUUUAGAUGUACUUAUCAGCAAUAAAACCAAGAGUUUGUUUUGCUAUUAUUGGACACAAAUUCCCUUGUUAAGACACAUUUUUACUGCUAUUUGUUGAAGAGGUCGUUUAUUGUAUGCCAUUACUUUCACCACUUGGGGGCAGUCACAUACUACGAUAACGCCAAAAAAUGUAGAGCGCUUUUCCCACUGUGUAGAGGAUACAUGGCACCCUAAAAUAAAAUAUGAAAUAUAGCAAAUAAAAAUGUUAAAUUUUGAAAGUGAAAUUUUCACACCUUUUUAUAAUUUUUGACUGAGGCUUUGCCAUUUUUUAGAAAUAUGUAAUCAUUUUCUGUUACAAAUUAUCAAAUUAUAAAUUGUUUUCAGUUGAAAAACACAAGUAAAAUUUCAGCAUCUAUUUUUAUUUGUUUUAAUAUUAAUAUAUUUUAAUAUAUUAAAAAAAAAAAAAAAAAAAAAAAAAAAAAGGUCCAAACUUGGACUAAUAAUAUCCCAGGUUAUUUCCCAAAUGUGUAUUUUGUUUGAUUUAAAUGAUGAUGAUAUAAUUACAUAAAUGGAUAUAUUCUUUCAUUUCUCAAAUGAAAAAUAUAUAAAGUAAAUAAUUGUUUAUUUAAUUCAUACAUUUAUUUAUAUAAAGAUCAUUCUGACAGUGGGCAAUUUUUAUUUUUAUUUAAUUUUUUGAAAAUCAUAUUUUUUCCUUACUUUAAAAAGUGAGACUAAAUGGGACGGACUUAUUCCACAAGUCCAUCCCAUAAAUGAAAAGACACAAGCUUUUUUGUUACAGAAAUAUACUUUUUUGAAAUUGAUGUCCCCUGUCAGGUAGCAGCCUUCUUGCCUGUCAAGUAAAUAACUUCUGAAUAUUUCCUGGUACCAUGUUUUUCAUUCUUUAACAUGGUUAUGGGUGCUUUGAACCAAACCAAGUCUGGAAACUUCAGCUACUUGAUUCCAGGAAAAGCCUGUUUUGCUCUUGGUACCCAACCUCAUAUGGUCUUUUUUAAAGUAUCUCUAGUGGUUGCAAGUUGCAGGGAUAUGUAAUGGGAAAACAAAGCCUGUCAUGUCUGUAUGUUCAUUGUUUUAUAGUAGCCUGAAGUAGUAAUUUUUCAAUGUACAAUUUGAAUACAGAGAAAGCUCUACUAUAAAUAUAUUACAGUUCAGAGUACAAACAAUAAAAAGGAUAAACACUGGA